AUGUGUGACUUCAUGGAGGAUCAGAUGACAGAGUUCAAGGAGGCCUUCCAGCUAUUUGACCGAACGGGAUAUGGAAAGAUCUUAUACAGUCAGUGUGGGGAUGUGAUAUGGGCCCUGGGCCAGAACCCCACCAAUGCUGAAGUGCUCAAGGUUUUAGUGAAUCCCAAGAGUGAUGAGAUGAAUGUGAAGGUGCUAGACUUUGAACACUUUCUCGCAAUGCUGCAGACUGUAGCAAAGAAUAAGGACCAGGGCACAUAUGAAGACUACACAGAGGGAUUCCAAGUGUUUGAUAAGGAAGGGAAUGGCACAGUCAUGGGGGCUGAAAUACAGUACAUCCUCAUUGCUCUGGGUGAGAAGAUGACAGAGGAAGAAGUGGAAGUAUUGGUGGCAGGGCAUGAGGACAGCAAUGGUUGUAUCAAUUAUGAAGAACUAGUCUGGAUGGUGCUGAAUGGCUGA